AUGUUCCGCAGAUACGCGCGAGCCAGUAACAAGUACACGCCGUCUUACGAUCCAUCGAAACCAUUGUCGUACAUGAUGUAUUUUGAUGUAAACAACUUGUACGGUUGGGCGAUGUGUCAACCGUUGCCCUAUGCCGAAUUUCGAUGGGUCGACGACAUCUCUGACUUUGACGUUAGCGCGAUCGCUUCGGAUUCACCCAUAGGUUAUAUUCUCGAGGUCGAUCUCGAGUAUCCGCAACAUCUUCACGACGCGCACGCUGACCUACCGUUCUGUCCGAUGCGCGAUAAGCCGCCCGGCAAGCGGCAGGGCAAGCUCCUCGCGACAUUAUACGAUAAGAAGCGUUACGUCAUACACUAUCGCAACCUGCAACAAUGCACGCGUCACGGCCUUCGCGUCGCAAAGAUACAUCGCGUAUUGCAAUUCGCUCAAUCCGCAUGGCUCCGCGAUUACAUCGAACUCAACACCUGGUUUAGAACGCGCGCGACAAACGAUUUCGAGAAAAAUUUAUACAAGUUAAUGAACAACGCGGUAUUCGGUAAAACUAUGGAAAACGUGCGCAAUCACGUCGAUGUAAAAUUAUUAACAAAGUGGGACGGACGAUACGGUGCGGAGGCGAUGAUCGCGAAACCAAAUUUUCACAGCAGGAGUGUCUUUUCGGAAAAUUUGGUCGCUGUCGAAUUGUGCAAACUCGAGGUGAAAUUUAAUAAACCGAUCUACGUCGGUAUGUGCAUCCUAGACAUUUCUAAAACGUGUUUGUACGAAUUUCAUCACGAAUACAUGGUACCGUUAUAUCGAGAUAAAUGUAAAAUAAUGUACACCGAUACAGACAGUUUGAUUUAUCACAUCGAGUGCGAGGAUGUGUAUGAGAAUAUGAAACGCGAUAUCGCUAGAUUCGUCACGAGCGAUUAUCCGGCUAACAACGCGUACGGUAUACCGCUCGAGAACAAGAAAGUGCCGGGCUUGAUGAAGGACGAGAAUAACGGUGCGAUCAUGACUGAAUUUGUCGGGCUUAGAGCAAAAAUGUACGCGUUGCGAGUAGAUAGUAAAAAGGAUACAAAGAAGGUUAAAGGCGUCAAGAGUAACGUCGUAGCGAGAACGAUAACGUUCGACGAUUACACGCGGUGUCUGCGCGAUGAAAUUGAAAUGACUCGACAGCAGUCCUGCAUAAGGUCAAAAUUGCACGAAGUGUACACAAUCAGCGAGACAAAAAUCGCCCUGAGUCCGUACGACGACAAGCGAUAUAUCGUACCUGAUUCGACCGACACGCUACCGUGGGGACAUUACCGGAUACCCUUAUAAUGUAAUGUAAUGUAAUGUAAUGUAUGUAUGUAUGCAUGUAUGCAUGUAUGUAUGAGGAAAACAAAGAA